CAGUUUUCUUGGAGUGACAGGAACCGUAACAUUCUCACGCCUUAAACCACACAUAAUAAUUUGGGCUCCCCGUUGUGGUUUUAGCGAGUUGUUGGGUCCCUGACGUGAGCUCGGGCGUCACCUUUGAGUCGUCACCAACAUGGGCAAGGAGAAGACCCACAUCAACAUCGUGGUGGUGGGCCACGUAGACUCUGGAAAGUCCACCACCACCGGUCAUCUCAUCUACAAGUGUGGUGGCAUCGACAAGCGAACCAUCGACAAAUUCGAGAAGGAGUCCACCGAGAUGGGCAAGGGGUCCUUCAAGUACGCCUGGGUGCUGGACAAGCUGAAGGCCGAGCGUGAGCGUGGCAUCACCAUUGACAUCGCCCUGUGGAAGUUUGAGACCAACAGGUUCUACGUGACCAUCAUCGACGCUCCCGGGCAUCGUGACUUCAUCAAGAACAUGAUCACGGGCACCUCCCAGGCCGACUGCGCCGUGCUGAUUGUGGCGGCAGGCACGGGUGAGUUCGAGGCGGGCAUCUCCAAGAACGGGCAGACCCGCGAGCACGUGCUGCUGUGCUUCACCCUGGGCGUGAAGCAGCUCAUCGUGGCCGUCAACAAGAUGGACAGCACCGAGCCCAAGUACUCCGAGGCCAGGUUCAACGAGAUCAAGAAGGAACUGACUGCCUACGUCAAGAAGGUGGGCUACAACCCCACCAUCGUGCCCAUCCUGCCCAUCUCCGGCUUCAACGGCGACAACAUGCUGGAGAAGUCCGACAACAUGUCCUGGUGGAGCAAGCAGAAGAUCGAGCGCAAGAGUGGCAGCUAUGAGUACAUCACCCUCUUUGAUGCCCUGGACAACAUCGAGCCCCCCAGCAGACCCGUUGACAAGCCCCUGCGUCUGCCACUCCAGGAUGUCUACAAGAUUGGCGGCAUUGGCACAGUGCCCGUGGGCCGUGUGGAGACUGGCAUCCUCAAGCCUGGCAUGGUUGUGACCUUCGCCCCUACUGGCCCCACCACUGAGGUCAAGUCUGUGGAGAUGCACCACGAGGCCCUGACUGAGGCCGUGCCCGGCGACAACGUUGGCUUCAACGUGAAGAACGUGUCUGUCAAGGACUUGAAACGUGGCUUCGUGGCUUCCGACAACAAGAACGACCCUGCCAAGGAGGCUGCAGACUUCACCUCUCAGGUGAUCGUGCUGAACCACCCUGGUCAGAUCCAGGCUGGCUACUCCCCCGUGCUGGACUGCCACACUGCACACAUCGCCUGCAAGUUCGCUGAGCUGAUCCAGAAGAUCGACAGGCGUACCGGCAAAGAAAUUGAAGCCAAUCCGAAGCACAUCAAAUCUGGGGACUCGUGUAUCAUCAAGAUGGUGCCCAGCAAGCCCAUGUGCGUGGAGACCUUCCAGCAGUACGCCCCUCUGGGUCGCUUCGCCGUGCGUGACAUGAAGCAGACGGUGGCCGUGGGUGUCAUCAAGGAGGUGAACAAGAAGGAAGGGACUGGUAAGACUACGAAGGCUGCCGAGAAGGCCCUCAAGAAGAAGUAACUAUCUGAGGGCGGCCGUGCGGCCACCAUGGGCUCGCUGCUUGCCACCACCACACCCAACACCUGCAUUUGCCACAGGAAGGUGGUCCGGAGGAAAGAUCCCCACCUCUCCUAGGACGUCAUCAAUACUUCGUGCUAAUCGUCGUGGCGUACACAUAUAUACACACAUACAUGAUGCAACUUAUUACUGAUAUAACCAAGUCAACCAUGUCAAACAGCAACAACCCCCCUUCCCUCCCUCCCUUAUACUCUUUACUUCACCCCCGUCGAGACCUGAGUCGGCUACCCCUCCCCAUGCCCCCCAAACCACACCUCCUGGGCCUGCUGCUGCCUGCCUGCCUGCCUGCCUGCCUGCCAGUGCUGUCCCGCGCGCUGUAGCCUGCAUCCAUUCAGUCAGUCAGUCACUCACGCCAAGGACUCGUUACGGAAAGCAUACAACCGCACAAAUUAGCUAGGUGUUGGGACAUUGUUAACCACCUGUGCUGUACCGCGGGGCUCCCUGAUCAACGCGUGUGUGUGUACCUGUACCAAGACCAAAUCUAUACAUAACGGUAGUGCCAAAAUCUGUUCAAAUCUUUCCUUUUACUCUCGCACAUUUAUAUACUCAUUAUCAUCACUACUAGAUCCUGCAAAAUUAUGCUAAAAAAAGAAGUAAGCUCAGUUAGUCAGUUAGUAAGAAAGAACUUUAGUGGUACCGAAUGCACAAGAUGAAAUUUAUAUUAUGUACUCGAAUAGUGAGAUGAGAAUUAUAUUAUUUUGUAAUAUUGUAAUACUAGAGAAGGUGUACUGUAUGUUUUUUUUUUUUUUUUUUACAGCUUUGUCGCUCAAAUUUUUAGCCUAAGGUCAGUUAAUGAUUAAGGGGAGGUUAGAAGGCACAAAAUUAUUACUAUUAUUAUUAUUGUUAUUGUUAUUAUUAUUUAUUAUGAUUAUUAUGUCCCCGCCCGACGUUUCAGUGACGACUCAACAAAAAAUGGAAAAAAAUACAAAAAAUAAAGCGCUAAAACAAUUUCUCUCUAAAAAAAAAAACAUAAAAAAAAGUGUAUGUAUUUCUCCUAGCGAUGUGUCGACGAAAACCACACACAAACAAACACACUCACACUCACACACACAUACACAUACACACACAAACACUUCCAUCAUUUAAUUGUUAUUGUCGUUUUAAACCUCCCAACAUACAAUACAUCCAUACAUUUUUGCAGCUUUUCCAUUGUAUGUCAACUUAUAUCAAUGUAUAUGUAGAACAGUACUACUAUCUCCUGUGUAAACUUAUGCUAAUACUAUACAAGCAUACAUACAUACAUAUUAAUAUACUGUGUACCUACUAAUAAUACUAACCAUCAUUAACUGCUUGUUUGUGUCACACGGGUUGGUUUGUCAAGGCAGUGGAGGAGGUUGAGGGAAAGAAAUCUUAUCGCUAGUAAUGUUCUUUCGUGUGUGUGUGUGUGUAUGUGUGUGCGUUUGUUAUUGUUUAGUGUUGUCAUUUAGUCAUUUAACGCACAAAAAUGAUAGGCUCUCUCUUCCUCUCCCUUUUGUUUUUAAUCCAUAUAAGUAAAAAAUAUCUUAAAUCAAAUUUCUCUUCGUGAAAACUGAGUCUAAAUCUUUAGUUUCAAAAUACAGAUAACGUUCUUCUCCCUUUUCUUCUUUUCUUUUUCUUCGCCCGUCUCCUGCAAAGUGUAAUCGGUCGCCCUCACGUUGUCGCCGAUACAGUUAUUGUACGUAAUAAUGAGUUUGAACAUUCUCUCGCUUGGAAAGACUGAGUACGGUUCUUUUGUUCUCGCUGCUACAAAUUCUUGAGUACGAUAAUUGUGUUCUUCUGUCCAAACACUACCAACACUUCAUGCUCCCAGGAAAGGAGUUUACAGCGAAAGGAUUAACUACCUACACACACACACACACACACACACACACACACACACACACACACACACACACACACACACACACACACCUGCCGCUUUCUGAUUAAACUAUCUGUAUGUUGUAACCUUCUUCAAAGUAAGACAUCACAGCUCACAAGACCAGACACUUAUUAUGUAUGCUGCAAUUCUACACAAAGCCAUCAACGAUUCCUAACAAUGUGACGUAAAAAAAUCCAAAACGGACCAAAAAUAAAAUAAAUUUUAUACAACAAACAAAAAAUCAAAUGAGAGAUGCAUAAAAUAUAGAUAACAACUAUUUUUACUUAUAUAUCAUCAAAAAAAUACACAAAAAAACUUGUAAUUCGUACAAAAAAAUAACUUUUCAACCAAUUACUUUGCAUUACAAGAAGCUCACUUUUUUUUUUCCCCCAUUAAUUACUUUAACCUUACGUUCCCAAAAUGGAGGAUGUGAUGUUGAGAUAAUACCAACACUCAAAACAACUCUACCCCAUUCCCCUUUAAAAAUGGCUAAUGAAUCCCCCUAAUUACUGUGUUCCUAUAUAACCACACCACCACAGCUUGGCCCUGCAACACAUGUCUGUACUCACCACCCUUACGGCGCUCCCUCCCACGCACCACCUCGUAUAUAACUCAUUAACUUACCUGGUGGUGUGUGAGGUCAGGGCCACGAAGUAUAUACUCAUGAUAACACUACUAAUGAAUAAAUAAAACCCUCACGGUAUG